CAGAUGAAAAUGAUAAUACUGAAAUAAUGUCAAACACAAAAGGCGAUGAAAAAUUAGUUAAGAUGAAUGGAGAUGAAAUCACACCAAAAUCACCUGGUUCUCCUGAAAUAGAUUCAACAGACGAGAAAACUUAUCAAAGUACAGUAGAAUCUAAUUCAUAUAAGGCAACGAUAAUUAAAACAGAUGUAGAUUCGGACGAAAAUGAUAACACUGAUUUAAUGUCAAAAACAAAAGGCGAUAAAAAAUUAGUUAUAAUGAAUGGAGAUAAAAGCUUACCUAAGUCACCUGGCUCUCCUGCAAUAGAUUCCUCAGACGAGAAAACUUAUCAAAGCACGGUAGAAUCUAAAUCAUAUAAGUCAACGAUAAUUAAAACAGAUGUAGAUUCGGACGAAAAUGAUGAUACUGAUAUAAUGUCAAAAACAAAAGGCGAUGAUAAUAUAGUUAUAAUGAAUGGAGAUAAAAUCUCUUCAAAAUCACUUGGCUAUUUAGACAAUGAUUCCUCAGAAGAGAAAACUUAUCAAAGCUUGGUAGAAUCUAAUUCAUAUAAGUCAACGACAAUUAAAGCCGAACUUGGAUCGGAUGAAAAUGAUAAUACAGAUAUAAUGUCAAAAACAAAUGUCGAUAAUCAAUUAUUUAUAAUCAAUGGAGAUGAUAUAUCACCAAAACCAUUUGGCUCUUUUGAAGUAGAUAACUCAGACGAGAAUGUUUAUCAAAGUACGGUAGUAUCGAAGUCAUUUAAGUCAACGAAAAUUAAAACCGAUCAAGCGUCAGAUGAAUUUGAUAAUGCAGACAUAACGUCUGGUAUAAAUUUGAGAAUGAACUAGUUGAAAUUAAUUGAGUUGCAUCUCAACAUAAUCAUCUGGUUUUUUUUAAGACGUUACAUUAGCAGGCAAUACUCAUCAAAUUAUUUCACAAAUGAGUACUUUUAAAUCAAUGUUAUUAUCAAAUGGCCUUGAGCCUAAUGACUUUGUUACUCUAAACAUAAUAUCCACCAUAGAUAAUGAUAUCAUUUAUAUUGAAAUUAAUUAAGUUGAUACAUUUACCAAUUUUUCUGUUUUUUCUCAUGUGAAUAGGUCAACAGAUUUUAGUUAUGAAAUCACAAUACAAAUUCAUUC